AUGUCUCCCUUCCAGGGAGGACAGGCUGUUCGCUCGUUGGCGACUGGCCGCCUCCGCCGAGGAAAAGCCCGCAUGACGCUCUCCAGAGAUGUCGCUAAAUCAUCCCUUAAAUCGAAGCGAGAAGACCGUGGUAGGAUUGGCCCCUUUUCCAACAUGAAUCAGACACAGGCGCGCGUUCGUGAUGACCCGCGUUCGCGUUCAGCAGCCGCCUUGAGACGCUCCGGAGACACAGAAGAAAAGCCCGCGACGAAGACCGACAGUCCGCUGUACAAGGCUUUGAAGAUGCAAACGACGCUCGCACCCAUUUCUUAUGGUCGACGAACAGCAAUCAAAGCGAAAAUCGCUGAAAUCACGAGCUUCGACGUCUUUCCUCUCCUCCCCAUUGUCCGAAACUCGAUCUACUCACAAGCCCUGCCUCACAUACCGGAUGCCGUGCCUACUCCUAUCCAACGUGUUGCGAUCCCGAGGCUUCUCGAAGAUGCUCCAGUCAGUAAGAAGCUGAAGAAGGUGGACGAUGAAAAACCCAAUUACCCUCAGUACCUUCUCGCCGCAGAGACCGGUUCGGGAAAGACACUGGCAUAUUUGAUUCCUGUGAUCGACGCCAUCAAGCGCCAAGAGGCGCUGGAUAAAGAGAUUGAGAAAGAAGAAGAAGAAAAGAAGGCGCGGGAGAGAGAGGAGAAUAAGAAGAAUCAGGCAUUUGAUCUGGAACCCGAAAUCCCCCCACUAUCCAAUGCAGGAAGACCUCGGGCGAUCAUUCUGGUACCGACGGCGGAGUUGGUUGCUCAGGUUGGAGCCAAGGUUAAGGCCUUUGCACACACAGUGAAGUUCAGGUCCGGUACCAUCUCCUCCAACCUGACGCCUCGCCGUAUCAAGAGCACUCUUUUCAACCCCGCCGGUAUCGAUGUUCUAGUCUCGACCCCGCAUCUUUUGGCAUCAAUUGCCAAAACCGACCCCUACGUCCUCAGCCGCGUCAGUCAUCUCGUUCUCGACGAGGCUGAUUCUCUCAUGGAUCGAUCAUUCCGGCCAACAACAACAGAGAUUAUCAGCAAAGUGUCCCCCUCGCUGAAGAAGCUCAUAUUCUGCUCGGCCACGAUCCCCCGUAGCCUCGAUACUCAACUGCGCGACCGUUACCCUGAUAUCUGGCGGUUGACGACACCUAACCUGCACGCGAUUCCCCGUCGUGUUCAACUAGGCGUUGUGGAUAUCCAGAAAGAUCCAUACCGCGGAAACCGCAACCUCGCCUGCGCGGACGUGAUCUGGUCCAUCGGCAAAGGUCAAGGCGACGAUGAACCCAUCGCCCCUUGGCAAGAGCCAAGAGUAAAGAAGAUCCUCGUAUUUGUCAAUGAACGCGAGGAAGCCGACGAGGUCGCCCAGUUCCUUAAAUCCAAGGGCAUCGACGCUCACUCCUUCUCGCGUGACUCGGGCACCAGAAACCAGGAGGAAGUCCUUGCUGAAUUUACCGAACCAACCGUCAUCCCUUCUGCCGAUGAGAUCCUCCUGGCCCGCAAGCAGAAGAAACGCGAUAGCGGGAAUAUCCCCUUCGUGCUGCCAGAGCGGACAGCCCAAGGUCCCGAGCGCCUGCUACAAGGCGUCAAGGUGCUUGUCACAACCGACAUCGCCUCCCGCGGUAUCGACACCAUCGCCGUGAAAACACUUGUCCUCUACCACGUCCCGCACACGACUAUCGACUUUAUCCACCGUCUCGGUCGUCUGGGACGUAUGGGUAAACGUGGACGUGCAGUUGUGCUGGUUGGCAAGAAGGACCGCAAGGAUGUGGUCAAGGAGGUUCGCGAGGCUAUGUUCAGGGGUCAAGCUCUGAUUUAG